AUGACCAUCUCGCCGGACCACGGAAUCAGCCAACUCGCACACAGUCAACCCCCUUAUCCCUGCACGCCCCCAUCCCUGCGGAGUGAUCAAGCACGGAGCGUUCUGGUUCGCCAUGUACCUUUCCCACAGCCAACUGCAGUUGGCACAGCCAUAGGGAGGAUCGCGCGGGUGGUUGGUGCCUGUGAUCACGACACUGGUGGACUUAGUGUACGUAUCCCGAGCGGUCUGUUGGGAGGUCACGCUUGUCUCCACGACCCGACCGUCAGGCAAGCGAGUGCUUUCACCUUGGAAACUGUCCUGCCCUCGGACCUGACGUGUAACACUCGUCGUGCGGGUUCCGAUGACGGUACUUGGAGGAGCGACGACUUUGCUGAGUGGCGAGUAAUGGCAGUACGUAUGGUAAAAGUCGAGGAAGGAGGAGUGGAUGGCAAGCUCCUGUUCGCUAGCCCAGCUUACACGAUCUUCAGCGUCGACGGCCUGGGCCCAGUCACUCGCAUCAAGGCUCGAGAUCCUUGCAUUAUAGAUCUGCCCCGUAUUGCGCUGGUCAAAGGAAUGAAUAAUCUAGUCAAACGCGCCACGAUCAAUCAUGGUCAACGGGUAAAGCGGCGGACGUAUGGAGCUGGUGGCUUCCAGCACAGGCAGCCGACCCGUCCUCGCCACUCUAGCCCGACUCACCAGCGAGCCAUGAUGUCGGAUAUAGCGACAAAUUCCACCCAGAUCAGUAGACCGCCUCGAAUUGGCCCCCACCACUGCAGCUCGCUUGCAGUUUCACGUCCCUCGGCACAUCCCUGGCUCUGGAGGGCUAGCUCAGUGCCGGCGUCAUCCCGCUCGAUAGCCAGUGCAUAG